AUGGCCACCUCCACCACAGUAGGGGAGCUUGCCCUCGGCAGUCGAGCCAUCGUCCAGCCUGGAAAGCAAGGCUUCAAGGAGAAACGCGACCUCGACGUCCUCAAUCUUCGCCUGGAGGAAUGGCGGAAGCUUCCGGAGGAUGGCGAGCAGCGAGGGGAGAUUGUCGCCGAGGCCGUUGACAAGCUAGGGAAGAUCAGGGGGUACCCCCUUGACAAUGUAAUGCGAGAGGAAGUUGGGCAGUGGUUCGCCAACCACGAGACCGACACGGAGGAUAAGGAGCCGGUGAGGAAGGACCUCAUCAAGCUCGGCAAGGACCUCUCAUGGCGCACGGUCUGUGCCCAAGCUCAUGAGCAGGAGCUGGAAGAGCUGAUAAAGAAGCAUGGGAACGGGAGGGAGAAGGACACGAAGCUGUAUCCGUCCAUCUACCAGACUGCGCUGAAGGAGCUUUGCGACGGAAUUCGCCCCCUCGACGAGGCGAAGUACCGGAAGACCGCCGCCGAGUACAACGCCACCGUGUGGCCGAGGGAGUACCAGUACAAGCACCUCGCCAGGCACGGCAACGGGAUGGUGUCCGAGUUCGUUCAGCUGAUGUGGAGGAAGUGUGGGGUGAGGGUGUUUGUGCUCGGGGCGUACUUGAGAGAAGACGGACAGACGGGGAACAUGCAAUGGGACUAUAACAAUGCGUAUCCUCGCAGCGGACCAGGCACCGAGCCGCCAAAUUUUAUCCAGGUCUUCAAGGAUUUCCGGCGGGGCAACACGUACGAGAUGUGGAAGAAGUACGCCGAGGACGCGUUCAACGCCAACGGGUUUGAAGGCGAGGAGAGUAUCGUCCCAUCGAAACUCAUCGACCGCAUCGAGUGGAAGUUCGACAAUGACGGGUAUCCCAUCCUGCCGCCGGCCGAUCACGAGUGCUUCAAAAAGACCGAUCACAAGCGUAUGUUCCUGAGUACGUUUGUCCGCAUGACAUACGCUCAUUACACCCGGCGCGAGAACAUCAGGGUGCCGUGGCAGUCCCUGUCGGAGAAGUCGGAGGAGUUCUUCGAGGACGGCUAUCUGCCGGCCGGCGUUGUUCUCAGCGACCCGAACAAGAUCCGCGCUGGGGACCUCGAUGCGGUCCUUCGUCACUGGCGUGUGAGGCAGGAUGCCGACGACGGAGAACCUGUGCUCCGCUUCAAGGCUUGGAGGAACGCGGCGAAACAGAUCGUGGAGGUCGAGGACGAGGAGGAAAGGGUGAGCUCACCAUCUCCGGCGCCCGAGCCUAAGCGGAAGCCCCAACCUAAGCCGAGACGCCGCCGUGCUUCCCCGGCCGCCCGACGUGCCUCUCGCCGAGCCAAGUCAGAGACGCCGGUGGACUCCUCAGACGACCAGGAGGCCUCGAGUGUGGACUCUGAUGCUGUGGGCCAUGGGUCGUUGUUCGAACCCGCCAAGGACCUCGAUGGUGCCUCCAGUGACGAGGAGAGCCAUGACGAGGACUCUGAUCACGCCCCCGAGGAGGUCGUGGUGGCCCGACCGAGCAAGGGCAAGGGCCGGGCGGUGAUUGCUGCCUCCAGUGACGAGGACGACGAGGAGGCUGUCCCGAUGCAGACGAAGACGAAGGAAGGCCGAGGAGGAGGUCCAUCUAAGGGGGCUCAGAAGAAAGGUGGACAGUCGGUGGGUGGAAAGAGUGCAGGGGGCGGGGCAGGGAAGACCAGCAAGGGGAAGGAUAGCGCGAGAUCCACACAGUCGGCCGGCGCAUCACGCAACCAGGCCGCCGGUGACCAGCCGGUGGUUAGCACAGGGUCGGUCGAGCAGUCGGCCAAGCCAAAGUCUGGCGGUCGUGUGUCGAAGAAGAACCGUGACACCGUGGCCGAGGGUAACGACGAAGACGCCGGUGAAGAGGGCGAUGUCCCGGUGCAAGCUCCGGCCCCCGCAAAAGCACCGAAGCCAGCCGUGGCGAAGAAGUCUACCACAGCCCGCCCAAAGCAGUCAACCAAGAGUGACAGCGACGCCGAGGAUAACGAGGAACCUGAUUCGCCAGCUGCCGGCCCGCCGAAGAAGAACACCGCCGGCGCCGAGCCGAGCGGUAGCAAGCCCGGCCCACGCAUUCAGAAGGGCAGUCCGGCGAAGGUCGCCUCGGAUGUGGAUGCCCGGCGCAAGUUCUUGCAGGUUCUCUGUGGCGACGACGAGAUUGGCAAGAUGGUGAAGGCUGCUCUGAAGCUUCCUGACGCCGGGACUUGGCACUCGACAACAAAGUGGGAGUGGGCCAGCUGGUCGUACCGCCGAGCAACGUGCCCCUCCUCCAUCCACAACGACAAGAAGGAACUGACACAGUUCCGCCGAUGGCUCACAACGAUGGAGUCGUCCCUCGGCGAAAAUGUCAUGGCGUGCGAUGACGGUCUGCUGGUAACACUGGCUGUGGGUAUGCUGAUCCACGACAUCGAGAGCAAGGACGUCGCCCCGAGCUUGAACCACGGAGUGCCGCAGUAUGUGCUCGAUUCCCACUUGGAUGCUGCAGUUGCCGCGGACCUCGUCAAGCGUUGCAAGAAGAUUCGGGCUCGCUGGGAGGCAGGAUCCGCCACGGGUUCCAAGCGGCCCGCCGCUGCGGUCGAUGACGAAGAGCUCGGGACUGGGAAGCGGACGAAGAAGCCCCGCACCGAGCCUGGGCCGCCGGCCGGGUCAUCCAAGCCCUCAGGCAGCAAGGCUCCGGUUAAGCGUGGCUCUCGGGGGAAGAAGUAG